AUGCUUCACAAUGGCUCAGCUGAUGCUGGAUGUGUGGUGUCGAGUGAUGUGUGUAAUGGGAGCUGUACCAAAAAGGAAGUGUCUGUGACCUCGACUGCCAUCUCAAUGACAGUGGGCAUCGUUUCCAACACUCUGGCCCUCUUCAUCUUGAUCAAAGCCUACCAAAGGUUUAGAUUUAAGUCUAAAGCAGCCUUCCUCUUGUUUGCCAGUGGUCUGGUGGUGACUGACUUCUUGGGACACCUAAUCAAUGGCUCUCUGGCGCUCUACGUUUACGCCUCACAGAAAGACUGGGAAACAUUCGACCCUCACAAGUCUCUGUGUGACUUUUUUGGAGUUUGUAUGGCUUUCUUCGGCUUGACCCCUCUGCUGCUUGGGAGCUUGAUGGCGGUGGAGCGCUGUAUCGGAGUGACCCGUCCUCUCUUCCACACCACGGCACUGGGGUCCCAUCACGUCAAGAGGCUGUUGGGUUUGACAUGGCUGCUGGGUCUGCUGGUGGCCCUGCUGCCCCUCCUGCUUCAGCGGUCCUACCAGGUGCAGCAUUCGCGAAGCUGGUGCUUCUUCAGGCUGCAGGGGCUGCGCGACUGGGUGGACGUGCUUCUGCCGAUACUGUUCUGUAUGCUGGGUUUGCUGGCUCUCCUCGUCUCACUGGUGUGCAAUACUGUGACUUUUCUCACUCUCCUGCAGAGCAGGGUACAACUUGACCGAGAUUAUCAUCGCCAUAGCCGUAACACAUCACACCAUUCUGAGAUGGUCUGCCAGCUUUUGGCAAUCAUGCUGGUUUCCUGUGUGUGCUGGGGGCCAAUUUUGCUUUACGUUUCCAUUAUUUCAGCCCGAGCCGCUAGAGGGCAGCAUCACUGCUGUUCGCCAUUAAAACAGCAAAAACAACGUGACGCGAUUAGUCUUUUAGACUGA